GCCCUCCAAGUCUCUCCGUUUCUGGCCCCCCUUCUACUACUCCAUUCAGGAGACUCUUCGAAUUGAAAGACCUCGUUAUUGUACUCGAACGCCCCUCCGUCGUUCAGCAACCAUGCCUGCUCCCAUCGAGCAGCCCUCCGAGCCCGUCGUGCUCGUGCGCGACCCCGAGGACGAUGAGAGCUACGUGAUCUCUGCCUACGAAGGCCACGCCGACCACUGCACUCGAUGCGCAGACCCGAUGACCGCGUACGAAGAGAAGCGCUCGCUCUGCAAGCGUGGUGCCCAGUAUGCCCGCGACGUGACCGAAUACCUCCGCAGCAAGAACGGAAAGAUCUACUCCGUUGUUGACCUUGAGCGCAACCGAUCCACCCUGGUCAGGGUGCCCCUGAAGUGCGUCGCUGUUCGCCAGCUGCUCCUAGCAAUCGAAAAUGGUCUGCGUGUGAACACCAAGGAGGAAGUCACCGCUCGCGAGCGGCCGAUAAUCAGCCAUGAACCAGCCCCUGUCCGCCGGACUGCCACUCAGGAGGAUGUGGCCUGCACUGCAAUCAUUGAGCGAGAGCCACGCUCUCUGAGGCGUCACCGGGUCAUUGUCUACACCUCUCCGCGGAGCUCUCCCAGCCGUGGGUCUCUGUAUGAGGCCGACGCCGCUGACCGCAUUGCGCGUGUCAACCGGUCCUCGCGCAUCUACCGGCCGAGCGACUACUACCGCUGAGGGACAUGAGCAGAGCUUCUGAUGCAUUCAUUAAGGUUUCACGCAUGCGCAAUUGUGGAUAUUUCUGCGGUGCAGACAAGUCACCAUUAUUAUCACCGACCCGGCCCCGUCGCAGCAAAGGCUAGACCAGCCUGCGACACUGGCACGAGCCAGACCCAUGUCCGAUAGUAGCCAGCUUAUCUAUGGGUCCUCGGGGAUAUUUAUACCCCGCCUAGAGAUUGGCUACAUCCUUGUUGGAGGAACUGGAUUCCUUGCUUACUGUUCUGUUACCGACCUGCUGUCUGAUUCUAUCCUAUCCUGUUU